GUUUCUCUGCAGCUUGCAGUCUACAAAAUUCUCAAAUACCUUUCCCCUUCUUCAAAGACCCUGGAGAGACAUUUUCCAUGGGAAUUCAAUUCACAGAGACAGGAUGUGACGGGAACUUCCUCGUUUUGUUCUAUCCAUCUCGGUUUAUAUAGCAAAGGGCAGAGCAAAUAGUAUGAGUCUUAGAAGAAAGUAAAUGAAUAGUUCCAUAACAAACAAGGUGAAAACCCUGGAUUCAGCUGCCAGUCAUGUCUAGAAUAUCAUAGCAUCUGGAACCAAAACACUUUGCAAGAAUCAUCACCCUUUUCAGAGAUCUGUAGGACUCACCCAUCCAUCUGGACCUGUUGCUGCUACCUGCCCAGGUAGCCUCCUCUGAUGACAAGAGAUGGCAGAUUUCCCAGUCUCCAUGGAUUUCUCACUGACAGCACCUCUGUCGAGCAGUCUCUUCCUCAGCCACCUUCUCCUCCUAUUCCAGCCUGGGAAGCUGAACUCAGAGGAGGUUAAGGUGUUAGGCCCUGACCAUUCCAUGCUGGCCCUUGUUGGAGAAGAGGUGGAGUUCUCAUGCCACCUGUCACCAUACCUGGAUGCAGAGCACAUGGAGAUCCGCUGGUUCCGGAGCCAGACCUCAGAGGUGGUGCACCUAUAUCAGCAUGGACAGGAACUAUACCACCAGCAGAUGACACAAUUCCAUAACAGGACCAAACUCCUGAAGGAUGACAUUGCUGUUGGCAGCAUGGUCCUGGAACUCCACAGCAUCGUCCCAUCUGAUGAGGGUCCAUAUGGGUGUCGCUUCCUCUCCAGUGACUUCUCUGGUGAAGCUGUGUGGGAACUGGAGGUAGCAGGGCUGGGCUCUGACCCUCACAUCUCCCUGGAAGUAUUCAAGGAAGGAGGCAUUCAGCUGAGGUGCAGCUCCCAUGGCUGGUACCCAAAGCCCAAGGUUCAGUGGAAAGACCAUCAGGGAAACUGCCUGUCUCCAAAGUCCGAAGCCAUCAACCAGGAUGCCCAGGGCCUGUUCAGUCUGGAAACAUCUGUGGUUGUCAAAGGGGGUGCUCAUAGAAAUGUGUCCUGUUUCAUUCAGAACCCUUUACUGGUGCAGAAAAAAGAAUUUGUAGUCCAGAUAGCAGAUGAAAUUCUACCCAGCACUUCCCCCUGGAAGGGAGCUUUCCUGGGAGUUCUGGUGGCACUGCCUCUGCUUCUGGCUGUGCUCCUGACACUGGCACUAUACUUCUUUCAGAAGCAACGGAAAUCCCAAGAAAAGUUCAAGAAGCAGGGAAAGAAUGAACAAGGGAAACUAAUGGCAGAGCUGGAGAAGCUUCAAAAGGAACUUGAUUGGAGAAGGACCGAAGGCCAAGCUGAGUGGAGAGCAGCUCAACAAUAUGCAGUGAAGGUGACACUAGAUCCAGCCACCGCACACCCCAGUCUGGAGGUCUCAGAGGAUGGCAAGAGCGUGUGCUCCCAUGGCAUUGCUCCAAACAGGGUGCCAGACGACCCACAGCGGUUCUCAGAGCAGACAUGCGUGCUGAGCCAGGAGCGUUUCUCUGUAGGCCGCCACUACUGGGAGGUGCAUGUGGGCCGCCGUAGCCGCUGGUUCCUGGGAGCCUGUCUGGCCACGGUGUCGCGUGUGGGGCCCACGCGCCUGAGCCCUGCCGGAGGUUACUGGGUGAUGGGACUGUGGAACGAUUGUGAGUACUUCGUCCUGGACCCGCACCGUGUCGCCCUCACCCUGCGUGUGCCACCUCGACGCGUGGGCAUCUUACUGGACUGCGACGCAGGGAAGCUGUCCUUCUUCAAUGGCUCUGACGGCUCCCACAUCUUCACCUUCACUGACACCUUCUCUGGGGAGCUGUGCGCCUAUCUCAGGCCCAGGGCCCCGGAUGGCACAGAACACCCAGAUCCCCUAACCAUCUGCACAUUGCCGAAAAGAGGGCCACGUAGCCCCGAAGAGGACCAUAACGACACCUGGUUGCAGCCUUAUGAGCCCUCGGACCCCGCCCUGGGCCUGUAGUGAGCUCGCACGGUGGGUUCUGGGCCCCUUCCUGGAGACCCUGGCCGCUUUGCCCUGGUGCUUCUCUUAGAGUCACAUAUGACCAACCCAAAUGUCAGCAGCUGGACAGACUUUUGCCAAUUUAGGGGUCUCUGUGUGUGCGUGUGUGCGCGUGUGUGCGCGUGUGUGAUUUUCUUUAAGGAAAACAGGAAGUUCCAAAGUUCAUUCAUUUAUAUUGUAGUACUGAGUAAAAGUAAAAAUUAACUGAUGCUUUUGUCAGGGAGUUUGCUGUGGGAGAUGAGAAACUCAGAUGGGGGAGAGAGGGAGAAGAAUCUUGUUGGAUUAACUUAGAGGGGGAUUUAUGUGGUUUCAAAAUUUUGGAUAUAUUUGCUGGUUCUUAUAAGGUCCAGAAGCAAUGACACCUCACAAGAUGUAGGUUCACUUAUAACCAGAUCUUGGGUUUAAAUACUAUUUCCCACUAAAAUGACGCUGGAGAAAUGUCUGAUUCCAAGGCUGGGGCAAGGAUAGUACAAAAUUAGCCUGAACCAUCUUGUGUCAUAAAUAAACGUAUAUGGUGAAACUGAACUACAGGAGGCAUAAAUUCAGGAGCUCUGUGUUGUACAAAAUGCAUGUGUACUUGAAAAUUACUGAAAGUAUAUUUUAAAUGUUCUCUCCACAAAAAAUGUUAUGACUAUGAGAUAGGACACAGCUUAACUAGCUUUAUUUAGCCAUUCUGCAAUGCAUGUACAUGUAUAUAUGUAUAAAAACAUUAUAUUGUACACCAUAAAUAUAUACAUUUUGUCAAAACAAUGAGUAGAUUAAUGUAAAUGUUUAAAACAUAUAAAAAGAAAUUAAUGAUGACAAAAGUACAUAGGUGACAGUGUGGAGGGGGCAUAUCAGUUACCUAUGGGGACAGUUUGAACAUAAAAAUUAGUAAUGAUGAGAAUAGAUUGUAAGGCACUGAAUAAACAAAAUAUUCCUGAGUCCA